UUCAGUGAGAGGGUGGUGUUACAGAGAAUUCCGUCCCCUGUGUUUCACCGGCUCAAACAUGGCCGCCGCUGUGCGCACUAGAUUCCUCCUUCAGAGAUCAACUCAGGGGAUUUUGUUGUCCUCCAGAGCUGUACCCGCUUUCUCCAGCCCAUUUCUCUGUCGGGCUCACAGAUUAGAGCCGGGCGACGAUGAGCUGUACCAGCGAACCACUGUGUCCCUCAUGAAGCAUGAGGGACACAGUGGGAUCCUGAUACACAGCUACAGUCCUACAGGAUUCAACAUUGAUGGCAACCAGGUGUUUGGGCCCUGCGCUGUUUUACAUCCUGCCAUCCUUCAGUGGAAUGUUGGAAGUUAUAGAGACAUCACGGAAGAAAGCAUCUCACUCUUCCACAUGCUUGAGCCACCUAUAGAGAUUCUUGUGCUGGGCACAGGAUCACGGGUUGAGCAAAUUAACCCCUUAGUCCUCGCACUCUUGAAGCGGAAACGCAUCGCUGUGGAGGUGCAGGACACGCCGAACGCCUGUGCAACGUUCAACUUUUUGAAUAGUGAGCGAAGACUGGUCGCCGCUGGUCUGAUUCCACCAUCUUACAGCACGGCUCUAGAAGUGAAACAGGACUAAAUGUUGGGACUUAAAAUGAGUGUUUGAGUGGUAACUUCAGGCAGAGGUUCACAUACAAGUGAGAGGGUCAAUUUUCUUGUGCAAAACGGCUUCCAGAGCAAUAUAUCAAAGCAAUUCAUAUUUGAUAUUUCAGUAAACAUGAGGGCAAAUGUAGUUUGUAGCAGCCACAGUCGGUCUCAGGCAUUCUCAUGCAAGCUAGGAGCCACCUUGAGAAUUCUUCUCAAAAGUCAAGACAAAGUUGUGGCAAUUUUUUAGUGUAAUAUUCUGGUUUAGAUGUAAAUACAACUAUCUGUCACUAAUGAACAAGAAAAGAGAAACAAAAACAAGUUGUGUUGAGUAAAGCUGCAUGCUUGGAUAUCAAUUCAGUUUUUGUAUAGAACGCUGUGUUAUAAAUACAUUUAUUAAAUACCAAAGUUUGA